AUGAACCAAGUGCACCAGCUAACUACAAGUGAAGUAGAAAGUAAAACAAUUGCAUCCAUCAGAAGAAUGAAGGAUUUCAUAAAAGAAGAAGCAGAGAAGAAGGAACAGGCAGAAAAGAACAACUCCAUAUACGUCCCUGCAGAAGUGCCAUUCUUCUUCGUUGUUAGAAUUAGAAGUUCCAACAAGGCAUCCCCAGAUGUCAUGUGCGCACUUGACACCCUCAGACUAAGAAAUGUCAACACCGGAACAUUCGUCAUAAACAACAAGUCCUCCAAGUCUCUCCUCCAGAAAGUCAGAGCAUACGUUGCAUACGGAACUCUUUCCCUUGAAACAAUCAGAAAGCUCAUCUACACAAGAGGAUUUGGAAGAUACAACGGAUCUUCAGUAAACAUUACCCAAGAGCUGCUAUUCACUAAAUUCGGAGGAGCUGUAGAGACCCUUGAGGACAUUGUAGAGGCUCUUUAUCUUGGAAACAGAUCAGACGCAUCUGCAAUCAACAAGUGGCUCAGUCCAUUCAAGCUAAGCUGCCCAAGAAAGGGAUUCGGCGGAAGAAAGAUAAAAGACUUCACUGAGGGAGGAUCAACAGGAGAUCGCGGUAGAUACCUCGAUGAUCUCAUUAAGAGAAUGAUAUAA